GGAGCCGCAGCGGCAGCUGGGCUGACGUGGAGGGUCACGGUUAGCGGGCACUACGAGUUGCGGGAUUGGGGAGCGACGGCCCGGGCCGGGCCCUUGGGCCCUGGGCGGCGGCGGCGGCGGUAUAAAGCUGGCGACGGGGAGCAUGUAAUGUCGGAAUGCGGAGGCCGCGGCAGCGGCGGCGGCAGCAGCAGCAGCGACGACGCCGAGGAGGAGGGUGGCGGCGCCGGCCCAGCGGGCUCCGGCUCCCUCAGCCCGGCCCCGGCCCCGGCCGGAGCGUCCUCGGCGGACCGGCUCCGUCGCCGACUGCGCGGCGCCUUCCUCAUGGCGCGCCGGCGACCGGAGCUGCUCUGCGGGGCCGUGGCGCUUGGCUGCGCGCUGCUCUUCACCCUCAAGUUCACCUGCAGUCGAGCAAAAGAUGUGAUAAUACCAGCAAAGCCACCUGUCAGCUUUUUCUCCUCGAGGUCUCCGGUUCUUGACCUCUUCCAGGGUCAGCUGGACUACGCAGAGGUUGUUCGCCGGCACUCAGAGGUGGUGCUUCUGUUCUUCUACGCCCCAUGGUGUGGACAGUCCAUCGCUGCCAGGGCAGAAGUUGAGCAAGCGGCGAGUCAGCUUUCAGACCAGGUGUUGUUUGUGGCAAUUAACUGUUGGUGGAACCAGGGGAAAUGCAGAAAACAGAAGCAUUUCUUUUAUUUUCCUGUAAUAUAUCUAUAUCAUCGGAGUUUUGGACCAAUCGAAUACAAAGGCCCCAUGAGUGCUGUUUACAUUGAGAAGUUUGUCCGCCGGGUGAUGAAACCACUUCUGUACAUCCCAUCUCAAUCAGAAUUACUAGAUUUUCUCUCAAACUACGAGCCUGGAGUACUUGGGUACUUUGAGUUCAGUGGUUCACCCCAGCCACCUGGUUAUUUGACCUUCUUCACAUCAGCAUUACAUUCAUUAAAGAAAGAUUACCUAGGAACAGUACGAUUUGGGGUUAUCACAAAUAAACAUCUUGCGAAACUGGUAUCCUUAGUACACUCUGGAAGUGUGUAUUUACAUAGACAUUUCAACACAUCACUUGUCUUUCCCAGGGAGGUCAUCAACUACACAGCUGAGAACAUCUGCAAGUGGGCCUUAGAAAACCAAGAGACACUCCUUCGAUGGCUGCGGCCACAUGGUGGAAAGAGUCUCCUGCUGAAUAAUGAACUGAAGAAAGGACCAGCCCUUUUUUUAUUUAUUCCUUUUAAUCCCUUAGCUGAAAGUCAUCCUUUAAUAGAUGAGAUCACCGAGGUGGCCUUGGAGUACAACAACUGUCACGGGGACCAGGUGGUGGAGCGGCUCCUUCAGCACUUGCGGCGAGUGGAUGCCCCGGUGGUCAAGUCUCUGGCAUCUGAGCCCCCAGUCCAGCUGCUGGACCCGCCGCUGAUAACGGCGUCCCCCUGCUGCAACACUGUGGUGCUGCCCCAGUGGCACUCCAUCUCCAGGACCCACAAUGUCUGUGAACUAUGUGUCAACCAGACAGCUGUGGGCAUUAGGCUGAGCUCCGUUAGUGUGCCACAGUGCAGCUUUCUCGAGAUGGCAGCAGCUCUGGAUUCUUUCUACCUCAAGGAACAGGCCUUUUAUCAUGUGGUGUCGGACAGCAUGGAGUGUAGCAAUUUUCUGAGUUCCUACAGCCCUUUCAGCUACUACACUGCAUGUUGCAGGACUAUGAACAGGGGUGUGGCAGGCUUCAUUGAUUCUGAACCAGAUGUCUUCAAAUCCCCAAACAUUGCAUUUUCUUCCCUCGAGAAAGAAUGUGAGGUUGAUACCCCAAGCUCCGUUCCUCACAUUGAGGAGAACAGGCAUGUUUUUCCUGAAGUGGACAUGAAUAGCACAAACUUCACAGGCCUGAGCUGCAGAACCAAUAAGACCCUGAACCUCUACCUGUUGGAUUCAAAUUUGUUUUGGUUAUAUGCAGAAAGGCUAGGUGCUCCUAGCACCGCUCAGGUGAAAGAAUUUGCUGCAAUUGUUGAUGUGAAAGAAGAAUCUCACUAUAUCUUGGAUCCAAAACAAGCUCUUAUGAAGUUCACCCUAGAGUCUUUUAUUCAAAACUUCAGUGUUCUCUACAGUCCCUUGAAAAGACAUCUUAUUGGAAGUGACUCUGCCCAGUUCCCUUCUCAGCAUUUAAUCACUGAAGUGACAACUGAUACCUUCUGGGAAAUAGUCCUUCAAAAGCAGGAUGUUUUGCUGCUUUAUUAUGCACAGUGGUGUGGCUUCUGUCCUUCCCUCAAUCAUGUCUUCAUCCAGCUAGCUCGCCUCCUGCCAACGGAUACAUUCACUGUGGCAAGGAUUGAUGUAUCUCAGAAUGAUCUUCCUUGGGAAUUUAUGGUUGACCGACUUCCUACUGUCUUAUUUUUUCCCUGUAACAGAAAGGACCUAAGUGUGAAAUACCCCGAAGAUCUUCCCAUCACCCUUCCAAACCUGCUGAGGUUCAUUUUGCAUCACUCAGACCCUGCUUCUGUCCCCCAGAACUUGGCUAACCCUUCUACCAAAGAGUGUCUUCAGAGCGAGGCAGUCUUACAGCAGGGGCACAUCUCCCAUUUGGAGAGAGAGAUCCAGAAGCUGAGGGCUGAAAUCAGCACCCUUCAGCGAGCGCAAAUGCAGGUGGAGGCUCAGCUUUCCAGCGCACGCAGGGAUGAGCACCAGCUGCUGCAGCAACAGCAGACCUUGAAGAAGCAGCACAGCUUGCUCCAGCUGCACAGUGAGCAGCUGCAGGCCCUGUAUGAGCAGAAAACCAGGGAGCUGGAGGAGGUGGCCCGAAAGCUCCAGGAGCUGGCCGACGCCUCAGAAAACCUGCUCACGGAGAACACAUGGCUCAAGAUCCUGGUGGCGACCAUGGAGCGGAAACUGGAGAGCAAGGACGGAGCUGAAAAUCUCUCUCCCCCGGAGGAGGGGCACGCUGACUACCCUGAGCCCUCAGGGUCCCCCCGGUUACCUGGCAGUACCCCUCCACCUGCCAAUAUCAGCUCCUCGCUGGCGGCUGAAAGGAGCAAUGAGAAUAGGACAGACUAACUUUUUAAACGACAUGAAGAAAUCAGAGGUGAAAUCUGUACAUUGGGAAUAUAUUUAUGCAAAUUUUAUUGAAAUUUAUUGUAAAUAAAGAUUUUCUCAGUGGUCUAGAAAAUCAAUGUGAAUGUCAUUCAGCUUUUAUUGAACAGGGAUGGCAUCCCUUCCACUUAUUGCACAAACUUGGUAACUGAGACAAAAACAGUAGCACAGUCCAUUUGAAGAUUUGUCUGAAAAAUUAGUCCAUAUUUUAGUGGCUGCGUCAGAGUUCCCUCCCCAUUCUCCUAUUGUUGCUUCUGUGAUGACAUACAGAAUGAGAUGUUAAUUUCUUGACUGACUAGUCAGAAAACUUGAACACAACAGUGGUCAAUUCAGAAUGAACUUAAUGAGAGUCAUAACUUACUAAGCCAGUUGAGUGUGUGGCUCUGGUCUCUGUACUAAAAAAGUAGCUAUUGACAAAUAAGAACAGUGAGAGCUAUUGUGUGGUUGUUCACCAGUUCUACAGGCACUUUCACUUUCCUCCCAGAGACCCCCACGAGUGCCCCACCAUGCUGAUGGGAUGGGCCUGAUUCAAGCUGCAAAGAUGUCAUCCCUGGCAACCAAGGAGUGGAAUAAAGAACUUCCAGACGUGAAACUAAGGAGAAAGCGACAUUUCAACAUUUCAGAACUCAAACUUCACUGGCACGGUAAAAACCUCAGGGCAAGUCUGACAGUCAAGUGAUGGUCAUUUUCAGAGACUGAAAAUGCAAGUCCCAGGUGCCUCCCGGGUUACUAGGGUGAAAGACAGCCUAGGUGUAAGCUGCUGGCUGCAGAAAGUUAGAGGUAGAAAGCUUGGAGGUUCUGGAAUGCGAGGGGAAUGGAUCAAAUGCCCCUACACCUUCCAUUUUUCUUGAGCAUCCUUCAUUAGAAAGUAAAUCUCCCUGAUUUCUAAGUCGGCACCUUUGGAACUUGUCUCCACUCCCAGCCCAAAGGGCCUCUGCUGAUCUCCAGCUUAACUCUCAUGGUUGGCCAUCCUCAGUUAAGGGCCAGGGACAUUUCUUCUUGCCUUUAGCUCAAAUUGCCUAACUGCCCUUACCCCUCCCUCUAAGCUAUUAAUGUUUGGUCCCCAAUUUAGACAUAUGCUGCUAAAGUAAAUGCUCCCUAAGCUCCCUCCUUGGGGUUCUAGAAAGUAGAUUAGUUCAACAUGCUUUCUAGAGGAGACUUGAAUGAAGCCAUAAGUAAGCUGCCUUCAGCCUGACCAGGAAGCCAGGGCUCUGAUGGUGGUGGGAGCUGACGAGCGAGGCUGAGGGCCUCCUGGGAGCUCCAUGCCCAUGCUGCUGGCAGGCUACUCAAGUGCUAAAGGCCAGUGCACCAAGGUUAAAACAAGGCUGGCCUCCAGUUUAUUACCCAGGAUGCCGAUACAAAUCCUAGUUAAUUGUGACCGUUAAUGUGUUUACAGUGGUGGAAUUAAAAAUCCAAGUGAUUUCAUACAAGGGACACCUUGGAGAUGCAGGCUGUGGAGGCACUGGCCCGAUCCAAGAGCCACUAACUCAUCUUUUUGAAAACUAAGUACAGAAACUGAAACUCACUCUCCCCUGCCCCCCGUCCCCCCAGGUGCUAACUAAGCACAGGCAGUCAGGGCACAUCUGGGGGCUCCUGUGUACAUAUGCACAUAAGAAAUGCCCUUCCACUGCACUUGGUGCUCUCUUAGUGGAGUCAGGGGACUCUCCUUCUAGGUCAGGGGUGGGGAACCCUUUUCUGCCAAGGGCCAUUUGGAUAUUGACAUCAUCAUUCACAGGUCAUACACAAUUAUCUACUUAAAAAUUAGCCUGCUACAUUUGGUCAAACAUUUAAUUAACUCACACCUAAUGCCUUGGCAGGGCCAGACCAAAUGAUUUCAUGGGCCUUAUAUGGCCUGUGGGCUGGACGUUUCCUACCCCUGUUCUAGGUGAUCUGCUGAGGAAAGUAAAAUCCAGUAUCCAGCAGGUGAGUGGUAAUUUAAGAAAGGAAACUAAUUUGUGAAAAGGGAAGGAGUGAGGAAACCCCAGUUCCCUCCUCUCCCCUCCAGUGCAGAAAAUAUUAAAUACAACAA